AGGUUUUGUUUUUCCCCACCCCGUCAAUUUAAUUUUAUUCUUUUGAAGAUUCUUCGUUGUCAAGCCGCCAAAGUGGAGAGUGCGAUUGCAGAAGGGGGUGCUUCUCGUUUCAGUGCUUCUUCAGGCGGAGGAGGUGGUAGGGGUGCACCUCAGCACUAUCCCAAGACUGCCAGCAACAGCGAGUUCCUGGGGAAAACCCCAGGGCAAAACGCUCAGAAAUGGAUUCCUUCACGAAGCACUAGACGAGAUGACGACUCCGCAAACGACAAAGAACGACAUGAUGCAAUCUUCAGGAAAGUAAGAGGCAUACUAAAUAAGCUUACUCCUGAAAAGUUUGACAAGCUAUGCCUUGAGCUCCUCAAUGUGGGUGUAGAAUCUAAGCUCAUCCUAAAAGGGGUCAUACUGCUGAUCGUAGACAAAGCCCUUGAAGAGCCCAAGUAUAGCUCACUGUAUGCUCAACUAUGUCUGCGACUGGCAGAAGAUGCACCCAACUUUGAUGGCCCAUCAGCAGAGAGUCAUCCAGGACAGAAGCAAAGCACAACAUUCAGACGCCUCCUAAUAUCUAAACUUCAAGAUGAAUUUGAAAACCGAACCAGAAAUGUUGAUAUCUAUGAUAAGCAUGAUGGUCCCCUCCUCCCUGAGGAGGAGGAACAGAGAGCCAUUGCCAAGAUCAAGAUGCUGGGGAACAUCAAAUUCAUUGGAGAACUUGGCAAGCUUGAUCUUAUUCAUGAAUCUAUCCUUCAUAAGUGCAUCAAAACACUUUUGGAAAAGAAGAAGAGAGUCCAACUCAAAGACAUGGGGGAGGAUUUGGAGUGCCUCUGUCAGAUAAUGAGGACAGUGGGACCUAGAUUAGACCAUGCAAAAGCCAAGUCCUUAAUGGAUCAGUACUUUGCCCGUAUGCGCUCCUUGAUGUCAAGUAAGGAAUUGCCAGCAAGGAUUCGUUUCCUGCUGCAGGAUACUGUGGAGUUGAGAGAACACAACUGGGUUCCUCGCAAAGCUUUUCUUGACAAUGGACCAAAGACUAUCAAUCAAAUCCGUCAAGAUGCAGUAAAAGAUCUGGGAGUUUUUAUUCCUGCUCCUAUGUCUCAAGGGAUGAGAAGCGACUUCUUUCUGGAGGGACCCUUUAUGCCACCCAGGAUGAAACUUGACAGGGACCCGCUCGGAGGGCUUGCUGAUAUGUUUGGACAAAUGCCAGGUAGUGGAAUUGGUACUGGUCCAGGGGUUAUUCAGGAUAGAUUUUCACCCACCAUGGGACGCCAUCGUUCAAACCAACUUUUCAAUGGCCAUGGGGGUCACCUCAUGCCUUCUGCUCAAUCCCAGUUUGGAGAACUAGGCAAAUCUUUUCUGAAAAGUCAGGGGCAAAGCCAGCUCUACCAUAACCAGAAUCAGGGACUCUUAUCCCAGCAACAAGGACAGUCGAAGGAUAUGCCACCUCGGUUUUCUAAGAAAGGACAGCUUAAUGCAGAUGAGAUUAGCCUGAGACCUGCUCAGUCUUUUCUAAUGAACAAAAACCAAGUGCCAAAGCUUCAGCCCCAGAUAACUAUGAUUCCUCCCAGUGCUCAACCACCACGCACUCAGACACCACCUUUGGGACAGCCUCCUCAACUUGGUCUUAAAACAAAUCCACCGCUUAUACAAGAAAAGCCUGCAAAGACCACCAAGAAACCACCUCCUUCUAAAGAAGAGCUACUUAAACAAACUGAAGCUGUUGUGACUGAGUAUCUGAACAAUGGAAAUGCUAAUGAUGCUGUCAAUACUGUGAGAGAAAUGAGAGCUCCAAAACACUUCAUUCCUGAGAUGUUGAGCAAAGUAAUCAUUCAAUCCCUAGAUAGAUCAGAUGAAGACAAAGAGAAAGCAAGUACUUUGAUCAGCUUGCUCAAGCAGGAGGGAAUAGCCACAAGUGACAACUUCAUGCAGGCAUUCCUGAAUGUAUUGGACCAGUGCCCCAAACUGGAGGUGGACAUCCCAUUGGUGAAAUCCUACUUAGCACAGUUUGCAGCCCGUGCCAUUAUUUCAGAACUGGUGAGCAUUUCCGAACUGGCUCAACCACUGGAAAGUGGCACCCAUUUCCCUCUCUUCCUGCUUUGCCUUCAGCAGUUAGCUAAGUUACAAGAUCGUGAAUGGCUAACAGAAUUGUUCCAACAAAGCAAAGUGAAUAUGCAGAAAAUGUUACCAGAAAUUGACCAGAACAAGGACCGCAUGUUGGAGAUCUUGGAAGGGAAGGGGCUUAGCUUCUUGUUCCCGCUUCUGAAACUGGAGAAGGAACUGCUAAAGCAAAUAAAAUCGGAUCCAUCCCCUCAAGCCAUCUAUAAGUGGAUUAAAGAUAACAUUUCACCCAAACUUCAUGUAGAUAAGGGAUUUGUGAAUAUAUUGAUGACCAGUUUCUUGCAGUAUAUUUCUAGUGAAGUAAACCCACCCAGUGACGAAUCGGAUUCUUCAUCUGUUCCAUCUAAAGAGCAGCUAGAGCAGGAAAAACAACUGCUUCUUUCCUUCAAGCCAGUAAUGCAGAAGUUCCUCCAUGACCAUGUUGAUCUGCAAGUGAGUGCUUUAUAUGCGCUCCAGGUGCACUGCUACAACAAUAACUUUCCAAAAGGCAUGUUACUGCGCUUCUUUGUUCAUUUCUAUGACAUGGAAAUCAUUGAAGAAGAAGCCUUCUUGGCAUGGAAAGAAGAUAUUACUCAAGAGUUUCCAGGGAAAGGCAAAGCUUUAUUCCAGGUAAACCAGUGGCUAACCUGGCUGGAAACUGCUGAAGAAGAAGAAUCUGAAGAAGAAGCUGACUAAAGAACCAGCCAAAGCCUUAAAUUGUGCAAACAUACUGUUGCUAUGAUGUAACUGCAUUUGACCUAACCACUGCGAAAAUUCAUUCCGCUGUAAUGUUUCACAAUAUUUAAAGCAGAAGUAUGUCAAUAGGAUAUCUUCUGCAAAAGGUUUUUGUAGUAUGUCUUAAUAGUCUACAAUAAAAAUAUUUUAGAGUAUCUUUAAUGUUUAGAUAACAGUGUAUUAGCAGCAUGCAAUAAUUACAUCAUAAGUUCUCGAGCAGAAGCAGUCUGUUGCAAGGGUCUUCUUUGCUGCCAGUUAUCAUAGGCUGUUUUUAAGUUAGAAAACUGAAUAGCAACACUGAAUACUGUAGAAAUGCACUUUGCUCAGUGUAAUACUUGAGUUGUUGCAAUAUUGGAUUAUCCAUUUGGUUGUUACAGAGAAUCCUUAACUGUAAUCGAUGGUUGUUGCCGUAAUAGUAUAUUGCCUGUAUUUCUACCUCUAGUAAUGGGCUUUAUGUGCUAGGUUUUAAUAUCCUUGAGCCUGGGCAAGUGCACAAGUCUUUUUAAAAGAAACAGUUUACUUGCACAAAAACUGAUCAGCUGAAGAGAUGGUUUAAUGCCCUUUGGGAAGAGGUUUUUGUGGGUGUGAAACAUAACAUGGUGAGAAAUUUGAAUUGGUCCCUCUAUUAUAGUACUGAAAUUAAGUCUACUUAAUUUAUCAAGACAUGUUCAUGCCCUGAUUUUAUAUACUUGUAUCUAUCAAUAAACAUUGUGAUACUUGACUUGUUUCUGAAUGUCUCCCAGUAGAAGAGCUUUGACCGACAACUAGUUUGUUUAUGUAAGGAAACAUCAGUGGGAGUUGACUUAGACUGGGACCAUCUUAAGAUUCUUUUUAUAAUAAUUGUCUUAACAUGCAAAUGAAUUCUAAAUCUGGUCACAGACAAGACUAGACACUACAGAUCUGCUGUGACAGGAGGAAAAUUAAGAAAUUCUGCUGAAGAAAUGGUAGGAGUUUGCCUUGUGGUCCAAUGUAUGCUUUAUCAGUGAGUAUGUGCUUUUUAACUUCUUAAUGCUUUGAACUUUUCCCAGGUCAUGUGCACAUUCUUUAAUCAAGUGGCACUGACUAUUAGCUGCCUGUUUCUCAAAUUGGCAAAAAAACCCCCACAAAACAGUUCAAUGAUGUUGCAUUGUACAGGCUUGAAAUGUCAUCUAUUAAAUUCUCAAAAUACCUUGCUUCCUAGAACCUUGUCCCUAGUGACAUUUUUUUUCCUCGUUGAUACUCAGACUUUUCACUGUUGAAAGGUGAUGUAUUUGUAAUGGCAAAACAGUUGUCUCCUUGACUGAAACUUGGUUUUGUCAGUGCUGGAAGUGCUUUAGACUGCAUACUGUCUUCUGCAUUGUGGGAGAUGAAGUGGAGCAUGAGAAAACUACUGGAGAUCAUAAAAGGGCUUGCUUUGAGGGGACGGAUAGUUUGCAUUUAUGCACCUUAAAGUGCUGUGACAGGGAAGUGGGUCUGGUUCUCUAAUUUUGCUGGCAAUUUGCUGUGAACAGCAGGCUUCCUAACCUACAGUUUAAAGUAGUGGCCUCUUGCAACUUAGAUUCCUUCAGUGAGUUUCUUCAGAUGCCUCAGUAACUUGCUGUACAAUGUGUAGCCCAGUAAAUCAAGGUACCAUGUUUCUGUAAACCAAAUGACACUCAAAGGGUAUUGAAAUUCCUGAAUUGCUAACAAAAAUUCCAUGAUACUUAAACACUGUCUCUGCAUUUCAGGACUGUGGCAUAUCUAGCUGUAAACAGGAGAGCAGGAUAUUUCUGUGGAUUCUAGUUCCAAUUUGGAAAAAAAGAAAAGCGUUAACUGCACUUAAGCGGCUUGAGGUUGGGAGCUGGCUGCUUUUGAUGUAGCUGCAACUUCUGUGUAAUGGUGGUGAGCAGUGAUGUCAUGGGGCCUCCAAAAAAGUUUCUAAUGGUAUGUUGUUGCUCCCAGUCAUGAUGCGGAGUAAUCUUCAAUUUAUGAAACUAUUUCCUUUCCUCUCUGUAGAGUAAUACAGUUGAUGUUAGAUCUACAGGGUGUGCAGGGUUUACCCCUCACUUCAUGUCUAUUCUUGGGUAGAUAAAGAUGCUUCUCAAGUGCAUGUCAUAUACUCAUUAAGGUUCUGCAGUUAAAUACCCUUUAUUGGGGUAGAGAAACAGUAAGUAUAGUUUCAAGGUUCAUUUACUCCCAAGUAAUGCCAAAUUCUGCUGGUUUAGAAUUGUAGGCUUACUUUUAAGUGUAGUAAGAUGCAGUGUAGUGAAAUUUAGCAUUGCUUCAAUAACAGGGUUGUGUUUCUCUAAGUAUGUUGUUAGUUUCCUUUGUGUUUAAACUUUGCUGUUAACAGCUGAUCAGGUUAGUGGUGCAUGCCACUUUUUGUGUACUUCAGUUACAGGUUACUAGAUACACAAUGCAUGUCACUUUUCUGUGCUGCAAAGCUGAAGACAGGGAGAAACCACGAGUCAUGAAAGAACAGUCCUAACGGGUAGUUUCCAACUAAAUUUACUGUAGAGGUGAGAGAGAAAGGCAACAGUAGAAAGGAGGUGCAAGUAAAAACAGUUCAUGGUAAAAACUUCAGGAUAAUGGAACCAGAAUCUGCAACUAACCUUUUUUUAUUUGCCAGAGUUUUGGAGAAGGUUAAGCUGGCAGCUGCAGAUUGUUUGAAUAGCAUAACUAAGCCUUGUAUUCUUGCCCAGUCUAUAAAAUGUGAUUGCUAUGAUCUUACAUACUUGUGUGUGGAGGCUUUGCUGCUUGGCUUGUUUGUAACUAUUCACUGAGUUAGGAACUCUGUUAGGGAAGGGUAAAACUGUGUAAGAACCAUGACCAAAAAUGUGGAAUAGAACAUAUGCAGUAGAAAAUGCCACUCAACUCUAGAAUUACUCCAUCAUGAGACGCUUGCAAAAUUUACAUGCAGUUAGUCUGAACAGAUCUGGUUUCUUGAAAGCAGUAUAAAAAUGGCUUUUAUAACUGCAGUGUAUACAUCAAAAUGGUAUUUCCAUAGAUAAGGGAGCAUCUUGAUCUUCAGCUACUUGUUAAGUUUUUAGUGCUCGACUGCAGUGCUUGUGACUUAAGUCAAUCUGGAAGGAGGGGGUGGGUGUUCAGUUGGUCUAACACUUGUGUGGCUUUUAACUAUGAGUUGUAUUGUACUUCAAAUGUAAAUAGAGCAUACUGCAUUUUAAACAGUAAAAUCAGUCAAAAUUAAACCAAUAUCACUGA